UCUGGUCCUGUUUGACCGUCGUGGCAGUUUGUGUUAUGCGCUUCUUCUGUCUGUUUCGUAUCACACGCCAUCAACUACACCUUCCACAGUGACGCAUAGCGCUGUUCCAGUCUCCUUCCCCCUACCGGAGGCUUUUCCGGUUGUGACGGCUCCCUCCCCCUGCUCCGUUAUUUCUCUUAUCAACGAGCAAGGCGGCCAGGAUGGAUAUUGUGAAUCAGUUGGUUGCAGGCGGACAGUUCAGAGUCCUCAAAGUUCCCCUGGGCUUCAUCAAAGCUCUAGAAUGGAUCUUUGCCAUCUUUGCAUUCUCUACAUGUGGGAGUUACUCCGGGAUGUUUAAGAUGAGUGUGGAGUGUAAAAACAGGACCGAGAGCGACCUGAGUAUAGAAGUGGAAUUCGAGUAUCCUUUCAGGCUUCACCAGGUAUACUUUGACGCCCCGACCUGUAAAGGGGGUCCCCCCGAGCGUCUCUUCCUGGUUGGUAACUACUCUUCCUCGGCAGAAUUCUUCGUCACCAUCGGUGUGUUUGCCUUCCUCUACUCCAUGGCUGCCCUCAGCGUUUACGUCUUCGCCCUGGAGAAGUACCGGGAGAACAACAAAGGACCACUCAUCGACUUUGGCGUGACGUGUGUGUUCACCUUCAUGUGGUUGGUCAGCUCCGCUGCGUGGGCCAAAGGCCUGUCGGACGUCAAGGCGUCCACGGACCCUGAGAAGGUGGUGGAUCUGAUCUCAGCCUGCGAUGAGGAAGGGAACCGCUGUCGUGAAGUUCACGACCCCGUCAUGUCUGGACUCAACACCUCCGUCUGUUUUGGCUUCAUGAACCUGGUGCUGUGGGGAGGAAACCUGUGGUUCGUCUUCAAGGAGACCGGCAUCAUCGCCCCCUUCAUGCGUGCCCCUCCUCCCCAGGAGAAGCAGCCCGCCCCAGACUCGUACGGCCAGCAGGCGGGGUACGAGCAGGACCCCUACGCCGGUUCCCAGGGGGGCUACCAGCCAGAAUACAACCAGCAGCAGCAGGGGUACAACCAGGACGGUGGAGAGUACGGACAGGCCCCCACCUCCUUCGCCAAUCAGAUGUGAGGGGGAGGAGGAAAGAGGAAGUGUGGAGGCAGCUGGCGACUGAGAGUCAGCGGAGAGACUAGAGAGUGUGGUGCCUGAAAACUACAGUACCUACAAUGCCCCACUCCUUCCUGUGUGUUUGUUUGUGCAUAUGUCUGUGUGCUGAGUAAAUGAGGGAGGGAGGGGGGGUAGAGAGUUACCUAAACACAAAAAAAACCGGAAGGGAACAGGGAGAAGGGAGAGGGAUUAGAUGUUAGUUAUUGUAACUGGAAGAAAAAAAAGACAGUACAUGAAGAAAAACUUGAACACAGAACCAAAAUGUGGAAAAGAUUUAAAAAAUAAAAAUAAAAAUUGAUUACAAUGUUGAUAAUAUUAAUAUUAAAAUCUGAGAGAAUGUAUUUGUCUGUGCUUUAUAGAUGUCACUAUGAACAAAUAUAUAGACAAAUAUUUGGUAAUGCUAUGUAUGGAACUAUUCAAAUGUUUUGUUUUUUGAGUUUAGUAAAUAACUAAUCGUAACAAUAAUUCUGCCAAACACUGAUUGCUCCUCCACGCAACAGUUUGCACACUUUUUUUUAUUUUUUAAUUUUAGUACAAAUUCUUCUUUGUAAUUUGAUCAAAUUUGAUUUGAUUAAUCUACUUGUUUUUGUUGUGUUUCUACAUCGGUGAGAUAUAUUAUAGAGAAGACAUUGAUGGACUAAGACCAGUCUCAUUAUAGAUACACUGGCCAUUAAACAAAUCAAACAUGACCAAAAGAGUUAUUAAGGAAUCAUUGGUUUAUUGAUAUUUUUCUUCUCUCAGUCUAAGCUAUCUGAACCUUGUUUUGGUUGAACUUGUAAAGCCCAUGCAUUACAGUAGGAAUACAGUAAAGAACAUGCAUUACAGUAGGAAUACAGUAACGUCCAUACAUUACAGUAGGAAUACAGUAACGUCCAUGCAUUACAGUAGGAAUACAGUAACGUCCAUACAUUACAGUAGGAAUACAUUAUGAACUGCUAGAGGAGCAUGGGUACCGUUGAAUAUUCCAUCUAGUACCAAUGCCCCUCCUUUACUGUUCAUGUUUAAGUGGUGUUUCAUGCAAGUUGGUUAUAUUUUGGUUAGAAGUUUUGUGUAGAGUGGGACCCAGACACAGAUAAUCAGCUGUGUGUUGAGAUGGUAUUUGUGUAGAAAGCUGUAUUGGAUUCUAUCCUGUAGUAAUACAGUAUUUCCACCUUCCCUCUAUAUAUCUCUUACUUAGCUCUCUUUCUCUCCCGUUCCCUCGCUCCCUCUCUCUUUAUCCAUCUCUCUCUCUCUCUCUCUCUCUCUCUCUGUUAUUCUUUCCAACCUCUAUUCAAUCCGCGGAAGUUCAGCUUUACAGCUGAAAACAAACAAAAAAAUGGAAAGUCAAUUUUCCUGCUUUUAGCGGAGACCGCAUUCAAAUCAAAUCAAAUGUUAUUGGUCACAUACACAUGGUUAGCGAUGUUAAUGCGAUUGUAGAGAAAUGCUUGCAAAUAAUACAUUUCAAUUUUUAGAUUUUUUUUUUUAAAUGCUAAGAACGCGAAACGAGGCAACCAUCUCUGUCGGCGCCAUUUUACUACAUUCACGAUGAACAUUGAACGUGUCGACUCAAUCGGAAAUGACAUUUUACGUUUCUAUCACGUAAUCCAUAACGCUUCAGCUUUCCAGAUUGAAUAUAGAGCUAUUUAAUGUUAUGAUGAUGGUCUCUCUCUCUCUCAGUAUAAACCAUUUAGAAUAGAGUUUACAGUAAAACGUUUUGGGGUCUUGAACAAUUGAAAAGGGUUCAUCAUUUGUGACUUUACUUUGAGUUAAAAAUGUGUUUGACGCAUAUUGAUUACUGAAACAAUGAAACAUUCCCAAUCCGAUAGACAUUUCAAAUAAAUCCAAUAUGCAUUUGACAUUUUAACAGUAGAUUUUCAAACGUUUAUUUAUUUUUUAUUUAUUUUUUGCUGCUGCUGCUAUAAUUA